AUGGCCUCUCCCCGCGGGACGAGCCCCAGGAGAGGCGCUCUGGGCAGCCGGGUGCUUGCCGAGAGGAACCAGGCGGCUGCAGCGGUGGGAGUGUGGGUGGAGAGCGGACUGGAGCUGUGGAAGCACCCGGGGGAGCAGGCCUCUCACACAGAACGCCUCCUGCAGGAGCAGCAGCGCAGGUGCGAGCUCAGACUCCAGCUCUUUCAGGAGGACGUUCGACAUCGAGUGGCUCAGCAUCAGCGGCUCCGGAGGCAGACCACCACAGCACAGGUGCUGAGUGCGUCCAAAGCAGAGGGGAGCGUCCCGUGUGACUGGCCUCCACAGGACAGGGAGCAGAGAGCUGCGUGCUCAGUGCGUCAGCGUCUGGCUUGUCCUGGUCCUCUUCCUCCUCCUCCUCCUCAGCUCAGUGACCAUCAGAGUCCAGAGAGGCCUGUGUCUGAGAGGAGAUGCUCCAGGCGCUCCAGGAUCCUGUGGCCCAUCGACAACUCUGAGGAGCUGCGGAGAGAGCGGCAGGCCCAGAUCCUGACACAGCGGCGACUCUUCCUGAGUAAAGACCGACAGAUGGUGAAGGAGACCGAGGAGCAGCGGCAGCACUUCCUGAAGACGGCCAGCCUGAAGGCAGAGAAGGAGCGAGUGCGGCUGGAGGCGGAGAGCAGACUGAGGCAGGAGCGAGUCCAGGCCGCGGCCCUUCAGAGACUGCAGCAGAGGGAGCAGCAGAUCUACGACAAGCUCCGACUGGAGGAGGUGGAGGGAGGAGGGGCGGAGGCAGGGGACAGGCAGAGGUCACACACACCUGUAUCCAAGACGACCAGGCAGGUGCAGGCGCUGCGAGCCCAGGUGAGAGAGCUCUUCUCUGGGUCGGGCUCGGAGCCUCCCCCCCUCUGCUGCUGUGGAUCCUUCUGGGACAGUCACCCAGACACCUGCGCCAACAACUGUGUGUUCCACCACGACACACAAGCGUACGUCCAGGCUCUGCAGACAGUGCUCCAGAGCUGGGCUCUGCUCUGA